AUGGCGGAACCAAACAAGCUCGCCCAGUACAAGUACUCGGCUAUGUCAAAUCUGGUUCUGCAGACCGACAGAAAACAUAUCGCUCGCCCUUCAGAACAAACAGGUGACCCAGAGUCCUUAGCUGGACGGCUGAAUAUCCGUGAUAUGGGCGCAAGAGUCAGGCGAGAAGAGGCGCCUCGGCAACAGAAGAUUGCACUGAAUGCUGAGAGAGGCGAUAUACGCGAAGGCGAAGACGUUCUCGAGCGUGAGCGGAACAAGAAGCGAAAGCGAGGCGAGACACAGCGCGGCGGGCUGGUCGCAGCCGGAGACACAUUCAUUGAGGGUCUGAAGUACCGACCACGGACGCAAGCGACACGAGCCACUUACGACCUACUUCUGAGCGUCACGGCGCAGGCACUCGGUGAUGUGUCGCAGGAGAUCGUGCGGAGUGCUGCUGAUCAGGUGCUCGAGUACCUCAAGGACGAGAACAUGAAAGACAUGGAUCGCAAGAAAGAGAUCGAUGAGCUGAUCGGCGCGCCCAUGACCCCGAAACAAUUCAAUGAGCUGGUCAGCCUUGGCAAGAAGAUCACAGAUUACGACGAUCAAGAAGACGACCAGAACGGAAGCGCAAAUGGUGACGCCGAGGACGAACUGGACGAUCGGCAGGGAGUUGCUGUUGACUUUGCAGACGAUGAUGACGAGGACGAAGACGGUCUCGAUAAGAAUCUGGAAGUUCGGGAUGGUGACUCUUCAGAUGACGACGAUGGUCAGGACCGGCCAGAGGAGGACGAGGCUGCAGAAUUGAAUCCAGAACCUGAUGACGGUGACAGCGAUGCCGGCAUGGUCCUGGAUGGUGGUCUGACAAAGUCAAAAAGCGAAAAGCAGGUCGAGGUCGUGCCGCUUCAUGAGAUCGAUGCCUAUUGGUUGCAACGACAGAUCGGCACAGCCUACGAUGAUCCGCACGAGCAGCAGCAGAAAACGCAAGAAGCGCUCCAGAUCUUGUCCGGCGUCACAGAAGAUGGUCAAGAAUUGUCGUUGCGAGACAUCGAAAAUGAUCUGAUGGAAACAUUCGACUAUGAGCAGCCCGACCUUGUCUCCAAACUACUCAACAGCAAGGAUCGCAUCGUCUGGGCUACGAGAUGGCGGAGAGCUGAGCAGGACGCACAGUUGCGUACGCAGGUCGAGAAUCAGAUGAUCGAGGCCGGCCAGCGGUCAAUACUUGCACAGCUGCUGGGUGGUGCCCAAGAGCAGGAAGAUCCUCGACCGUCGAAGAAGAUGAAGAUGGACCUGAUGGACGUCGACAUUCCCAAAGCGGCCGAGAAGGAAGAGCAGAACGGAGACGGCCUCCAGCGCAAUCUUCAGCCACAGAAGACCAUCAAUCUCCAGAACCUUGUAUUCGAGCAGGGAAACCAUCUUAUGACGAACCCGAAGGUCGUUCUACCUCAAGGUUCUACCAAGCGGACUUUCAAGGGCUAUGAAGAGAUCCACGUGCCUGUGCCGAAGGCGAAAAUUGACCCUGGAGAGAAGAAGAUUCCUACCUCUGACCUUCCGGAGUGGGCUCGAUCUGGCUUUGGCUCAGCACCUUCACUCAAUCGAAUUCAGUCGAAGUGCUAUCCGAGUGCCUUCCAUGGAGAUGGCAACAUGCUCAUUUGUGCACCCACUGGAUCAGGUAAAACGAACGUGGCCAUGCUCGCGAUGCUACGCGAGAUCGGCAAGCAUCGCAAUCCUGAAACCGGCGAGAUCAUGCUUGACGACUUCAAGAUCGUCUACAUUGCUCCUCUAAAAGCGCUCGUUCAGGAGCAGGUUGGCAACUUUGGUGCCCGACUGAAGGGGUAUGGCAUCACGGUAUCAGAAUUGACGGGCGAUCGCCAACUCACAAAACAGCAGAUCGCAGACACGCAGCUUAUUGUCACGACACCUGAGAAAUGGGACGUCAUCACUCGCAAGGCUACCGAUUCGAGUUACACACGACUAGUGAAGCUGAUCAUCAUCGAUGAGAUCCAUCUACUGCACGAUGAUCGUGGACCCGUUCUAGAAAGCAUUGUCAGUCGAACCAUUCGAAAAAUGGAGCAGACUGGCGAUCCGGUCCGCAUUGUUGGUCUCAGCGCAACCCUGCCAAACUACAGAGACGUGGCAACUUUCUUGAGAGUCGAUCAGCAGAAAGAUAUGUUCCACUUUGAUGGAUCGUUCCGACCUUGUCCGCUGCGGCAAGAGUUUGUUGGCGUCACAGACAAAAAGCCGAUCAAGCAGCUCAAGAUCAUGAACGAUGUGUGCUACACCAAGGUCCUCGAGCAUGUCGGCAAGAAUCAACAACAGAUGCUGAUCUUUGUGCAUUCUCGGAAGGAGACCGCAAAGACCGCAAAGUACAUUCGCGACAAGGCGGUUGAGAUGGAGACUAUCGGACAGAUAAUGCGUACGGAUGCCGCUAGUAGAGCCAUCCUCACGGAAGAAGCAGAUGCAUCCAACGAUGCUAAUCUGAAGGACCUGAUGCCAUACGGAUUCGGCAUUCAUCAUGCUGGCAUGAAUGUGACAGAUCGUACAGCAGUGGCCGAUCUCUUUGCAGCAGGCGAUCUCCGGGUGCUUGUCUGCACAGCGACUCUGGCGUGGGGCGUCAAUCUGCCAGCACAUACAGUCAUCAUCAAGGGUACGCAAGUAUACUCGCCCGAGAAAGGUAGCUGGGUUGAACUCAGCCCGCAAGACGUGCUUCAAAUGCUUGGUCGAGCAGGUCGUCCACAAUACGACUCGUACGGCGAGGGCAUCAUCAUCACCUCGCAGAACGAGAUACAGUACUAUCUGUCGCUCAUGAAUCAGCAACUGCCCAUCGAAAGUCAGCUCAUCAGCAAGCUGGCCGACAAUCUCAAUGCCGAAAUCGUGCUUGGCAACAUCCGGAAUCGCAACGAAGGUGUUGACUGGCUAGGCUAUACAUACCUGUUCGUUCGGAUGAUCAGGUCACCUGGUCUCUAUCAAGUUGGCGCAGACUACGAGUCCGAUGACGCGCUCGAGCAGAAGCGAGUUGAUCUCAUCCAUUCUGCCGCAAUCGUGCUGGAGAAAGCUGGCCUUGUACGCUACGACAAGAAGAAUGGCAAGCUCCAAGCCACGGACCUCGGACGUAUUGCAUCGCAUUACUACAUCACCAACAACUCAAUGCUGACGUACAACAACUUCCUUCAGCCUGCCAUGGGCACUAUCGAGUUCUUCCGACUGUUCACGCUCAGCGACGAGUUCAAGUACAUUCCAGUUCGACAAGACGAGAAGCUCGAGCUUGCGAAGUUGCUCGGGCGCGUGCCUAUUCCCGUCAAAGAAAGCAUGGAAGAUCCUCAAGCGAAGAUCAAUGUGCUGCUACAAGCAUACAUUUCGCGACUCAAGCUUGAAGGUCUCGCCCUCAUGGCUGACAUGGUCUAUGUCACGCAAUCCGCUGGUCGUAUUCUGCGUGCGAUCUUCGAGAUAUGCCUGCGCAAAGGCUGGUCACACGUCGCGAGGACAGCGCUCGAUCUCUGCAAGAUGGCCGAGAAGAGGAUGUGGCCGACGAUGACGCCGCUCAGACAGUUCCCGUCCUGUCCGAAAGACUUUAUGCAGAAAGCUGAGCGCAUCGAUGUCCCGUGGUCGAGCUACUUCGAUCUUGAUCCUCCAAGAAUGGGCGAGCUCCUCGGCAUUCCGAAAGCCGGCAGAAUGGUGUGCGAGCUGGUCAGCAAAUUUCCUCGUCUUGAGGUGCAAGCUCAGGUGCAGCCAAUCACCAGAUCCAUGCUGAGGAUCGAGUUGAUGAUCACACCCAACUUCACGUGGGACGAGUCGCUGCAUGGCAAAGCAGAAGCAUUUUGGAUUUUGGUCGAGGACUGCGACGGGGAAGAGAUCUUGUUUCAUGAUCAAUUCAUUCUGCGGCAGGACUUCGCCGAGGGCGAGUUGACGGAGCACAUCGUUGACUUUACCGUGCCCAUCACCGAGCCCAUGCCGCCGAAUUACUUCAUUUCGCUUGUGUCAGAUCGAUGGAUGCACUCGGAGACCAAAAUUCCAGUAUCAUUCCAGAAGUUGAUCCUGCCUGAGCGGUUCCCGGCGCAUACUCAGCUUCUCGAUAUGCAGCCGGUUCCCGUGCAAGCGCUACGACGGAAAGAUUACAUCUCGCUGUAUCCAGACUUUGAUAGAUUCAACAAGAUACAGACUCAGACGUUCAAGGCGCUCUUCGACGGAAACGAGAGUGUCUUCGUUGGAGCACCAACCGGUAGCGGCAAGACGCUAUGUGCAGAGCUUGCAGUAUUGCACAGCUGGAAUAACCCCGAAAGCGGCAAAGCUGUGUACGUGGCACCGUUUCAAGAGCUCGUUGACAACGUUUUUACGGACUGGCAGAAGCGUCUGGCAAAACUGCACGGCGGCAAGGUCAUUGAUAAGCUCACUGGUGAUACCAACAACGACAUCCGGGUCCUUGACCGCGCUGAUCUUAUCCUCGCCACUCCCUCCCAGUGGGAUGUACUUUCGCGCCAGUGGCAGCGCCGCAAAGGCGUCCAAGCUGUUGACCUCUUCAUUGCCGACGAGCUGCAUCUCCUUGGUGGCGAAAGCGGCUAUGUCUACGAAGCUGUGGUCUCGCGCAUGCACUACAUCAAGGUUCAGCUCGAGUCUAGCAUGCGCAUCAUUGGUCUCAGCGUUCCGCUCUCCAAUGCUCGAGAUGUGGGCGAGUGGUUGGGCGCAACGAAGCAGACAAUCUACAACUUCAGCCCUGCUGCUCGGCCUGUGGCCCUGGAGCUCCAUCUGCAGUCUUUCAGCAUACCACACUUCCCGUCACUCAUGAUGGCCAUGGCUCGUCCUGCCUAUCGCGCUGUGGUGGAGAUGUCUUCGGACAAGCCUGCCAUCAUCUUCGUUCCUAACCGGAAGCAAGUCCGCCUUACAGCGGUUGAUAUUCUGUCUGCAUGCAUCGCCGACGAUGAUGACGAGCGGUUCUUGAACGUUACUGUCGAAGAGCUGCAACCGUUCCUGGAGCGAAUUGAAGAGAAGUCGCUUGCUGAGUCUCUUACGCACGGCAUUGGCUACUACCAUGAAGCACUCUCGUCUACCGACAAGCGGAUCGUGUCGCAUCUGUAUCAGCAAGGUGCCAUCCAAGUCUUGCUGGCGUCCCGCGACGUCUGCUGGGAGUUGACUCUCACUGCGCAUUUGGUGAUCAUCAUGGGUACGCAGUACUUCAAUGGCCGCGAGCAUCGAUAUAUCGACUACACAAUCGCCGAAAUACUUCAAAUGCUGGGCCGAUCUUCACGACCUCUUGAAGAAGCAAUAAGCAAAGCCGUGCUUAUGGUUCCACAAGUCCGUCGCGAGUACUACAAGAAGUUCCUCAAUGAAGCUCUCCCAAUCGAGUCUCAUCUCCAGCUCUACCUACACGACGCGUUUGUCACCGAGAUCUCCACCAAGACCAUCCAGUCUACACAAGAAGCCCUGGAUUGGUCCACCUAUACAUACUUCUAUCGCCGUUUGCUGGCCAACCCAUCCUUCUACGGCCUGCACGACGCCAGCCACGAAGGCCUCUCGACUUUCCUAUCAGACCUUGUUGAAACCACACUCAACGAGCUCUCAGAGGCCAAAAUUGUCGAGCUGGACUCUUCUGACGACUCCGUGGCCCCACUCAAUCCAGCCAUGAUCGCUGCAUAUUACAAUAUCAGCUUCAUCACCAUGCAGACGUUCCUCUUAUCGCUCACCUCUCGGACCAAGCUCAAAGCUCUGCUUGAAAUCAUUACAUCCGCUACCGAGUUCGAAUCGACUAUCCAACUCCGCCGUCACGAGUCACAUCUGCUACGACGCAUCUACGAUCGAUGUCCCGUGAAGCUGUCCGACCCUCAAUUUGACUCUCCGUCCUUCAAAGCUUUCGUGCUCCUCCAGGCACACUUCUCGCGUCUGGCUCUUCCGAUCGAUCUCGCCAAGGACCAAGAGUCGAUCUUGCUGAAGACUCUGCCGUUGCUGUCCGCCGCAGUCGACGUGCUCUCAUCGGAAGGCCACCUCAAUGCACUGUCCGCGAUGGAGCUGUCACAAAUGGUUGUACAGUCCAUGUGGCUCGACCGCGAUAGUCCUCUCCUGCAGCUGCCGCACUUCACAUCUGACAUUGCCAAUACCUUGUCAAAGCAGUACCAGAUCAAUGACGUGGAGGAAUUCAUGGCGGCCAUGGAUCCGUCCGAGAACAAGGACUACAAGAAGCUCGUUGCGGAGCUCAGCAACUUAGGUCUCGGGAACAAGGAGCUCGUCGCUGCUGCAGCGUUCACGAACGAGAAGUACCCCAACAUCGAAGUCGAGUUCGAUGUCCUCGACAAAGACGAGAUCACCGCUGGCGAACAGGCAGUCCUGAACGUCAAGAUCACGCGUGAGACGGACGACGAGGACGAGGAAGACGCCGAGAUCGACACGACUGUGCACGCGCCGUUCUACCCUGCGUCCAAGAUCGAGAACUGGUGGCUGGUGGUGUCGGAAGAGUCUACGAGGUCGCUGUUGGGGAUCAAGCGGGUGACGAUCGCGAAGAAGGAGAUGCAGUACAAAUUACCGUUCUCGGCGCCGGAGAUCGCGGGGGAUAAGAAGGGGCUGAGCUUGUUGGUUAUGUGUGAUAGCUAUAUUGGGGUGGAUCAGAGUUUGGCGUUUGAGGUUGAUGUCAAGCAGGGUGAAGAUGAGGAUGAGGAGGAUGGUGAUGAGGAAAUGCAGGAGUAG